AAGCAUAUAAGGCACAAUCCUUCCAAACAUUUCAAAUACUCUGAUCUAGAGACAACUAUUCAUAUCAAGGCUUCAACUCCAUACAUUUCAGCAAUAAAAAGAACGAAAAAACUACUUUCAAAUCUACCCAAGAAACAACCAAAAUUUGAAUAUAUAACAGUGUUAGGGAUGGGUGCUGCUAUUGAGAAAACAUUAAGUAUUGGUGUAUUCUUUCAAGUUGAUGAAGGUGCUAAAGUUGAUAUUCUUACCAAGACGGUGGAAGUGCUGGAUGAAUUUGAUGAUGAAGAUUUAGAUCAUGAUACUAUCUAUAGAAAGAGAAAAGUAUCCGCUGUUGAGCUACAUAUAUAC